AUGGUUGAGGAGGCGCUCCGCCGUCUGCGCCCCCCCUCGUUGAAAGUUCCGGUUGCCUUUGGCACGUCUUGCCAUUUCGCGCCACGUCGCGUUGACAUUCUUCGGGGCCUCCUCUCCGAUACGAUCUACUGCAACCCUUACCUGCAGCAGAUGUGCCCCCCAGGUGACGUGGCGUGCCCGCAGUGUGGUUCGGACAGGUGCGAGUGCCCCGGCAGCCCAGGUCCGAGCCCCAGCCCAGACACCAAGUGCGAGUGCCCUGGCAGCCCAGGUCCGAGCCCCAGCCCAGUCACCAAGUGCAGCUGGGAGGAGCACAGGAACAGCGACGGCAACAAUUUGCUGCAAGCUCCCUGGUCCCAGGACCCGCAGGCGUGCUGCAACCACUGCGGCGAGCAGUCGGGGUGCGCGGCGUGGACCUUCAUUCAGGGCAGCCACGAGUGCUGGUUGAAGAGCUGGGUGCCGUCUAGGGACCAGUGGCGCUGGGACGACUCGGCCAUCAGCGGCCAAAUCGGGGCGCCGAGCCUCCAGGCGGCCGUUGAUGCGCCAAGCAACAGUUCGCUCCAGGGCCUCCUCUCCGAGACGAUCUACUGCAACCCUUACCUGCAGCAGAUGUGCCCCCAGGUGACGUGGCGUGCCCGCAGUGCGGUUCGGACAGGUGCGAGUGCCCUGGCAGCCCAGGUCCGAGCCCCAGCCCAGACACCAAGUGCAGCUGGGAGGAGCACAGGAACAGCGACGGCAACAAUUUGCUGCAAGCUCCCUGGUCCCAGGACCCGCAGGCGUGCUGCAACCACUGCGGCGAGCACUCCCUGGUCCCAGGACCCGCAGGCGUGCUGCAACCACUGCGGCGAGCAGUCGGGGUGCGCGGCGUGGACCUUCAUUCAGGGCAGCCACGAGUGCUGGCUGAAGAGCUGGGUGCCGUCUAGGGACCAGUGGCGCUGGGACGACUCGGCCAUCAGCGGCAUACUGGGAGGUCGGUGA